AAUAACAACAAUAAUAACAGGUGGAUUCGAACGCUGGUCCCCAAUUGUGUGACCUCGAGAAGGAUGGAUUCCAGGACGUCGCGCCGAGGCCCACACUGCUGCAGGUGGCGUGCAUCCUGCUGUCGUCGCUGGCCAUGCUGCAGCAAGGCACAUGUAUCAACUGGCCCAACUCCCUCGCCGGCGACCUCCGCACCGACAACUCCACGCUCCUCGGUCACCAGAUCUCCGUCACCUCCGUCGGCCACGACCUCGUCGGCAGCCUGAUGUUCGCGGGCGCCGGGCUGGGCACCCUCCCGGCGAGCUGGCUGGUGGGGAGGUUCGGCCGCCGCAUCUGUAUGGUCGCCCCUACCCUGCCCACCUUCCUCGGCUGGGCGCUCAUCACCUUCGCGCACAACGACAUCCUCAUCUUCGUCGGCAGGUUCGUCACCGGCCUGAGCCUCGGGAUGAUGGUGCAGGCCUCCGAGAUCUACGUGGCGGAGAUCUCCAACGCCAGCAUCCGCGGCACGGCGUGCACCUUCAUGGAGAUAGUAAAGCUGGGCGGCUUCGCGCUGGUGGUCGCGGUGGCCAUCAAGGUGUCCUGGUACGUCAUCGCCGGCGGCCUCGCUGUGCUGAUGCUGGUGUACGGCGGCGCCAUGCUGGCCGUGCCCGAGAGCCCCAACUUCCUCGCCGUGCAGGGCAGGGAAGAAGAGGCCCGCCGAGUCCUUCUGCGAUUCCGAGGCCCCGGGGCGGAUGUGGACACGGAGCUGACCCUUCUGAGGCUCCGCAACCAGCGCAGCGACGGAACCAUGGGGUUUGCGGGGCUGCUCAAGUGGGACGUGCUGAGGAGCGUGGCGGCGCUGCUGUUGCUGAUUACGUUCCGGGGCAUGUGUGGCUGCGAGAUGAUCACCGUGCACUGCACACGCAUGCUGCUGGCCACCGGCGUUUCCCUGGACCACACGCUGGGCACCCUCACCGUCAACUCGGCCUACGUGCUCGGGGGGCUCUGCCUCACCAUGCUGGUGGACCGCCUGGGCCGCCGCCGGUCCAUGCUAGUGUCCCUCACCGUCAUGCUGGCGGGCAACACCGUGCUGGGCUGCUACUGCUACUUCUUCCCGGCGAGCGCCGUGCCCGGUCUGGACAUCGAACUCUUGUCUCCGCUGGACGCCAACACGACGGUCUCCUACCUUGCCGGCAACACGACUGUUCCCUACAUCGCCGAGCUGAGCGACACCGGUGACGCGGAGCGGGUACUGCCACUGUUCUGCUUCCUGGCCGUCGCCUUCGGGGCCGGUCUGGGCAUCGCCAACAUUCCUAUGGUGCUGAUGGUCGAGUACUUCCCGACCAGCAUCAGGGCCGAGGGCUUAGGGCUGUGCCUGACGUGGGUGGCUGUGGUCUCCACGAUCAUGCUGCAGCUGUACAGUGUCCUCCUGGACAGCCUUACCAUCGCCGGGAUCUACUGGUUCUUCGCUCUCAGCACCGUAGCCGCCAUGGUGCACACUCUCUGCUGCAUCAGAGAGACCAGCAAGUGCGAUAUUGGCUGAGGCGGGAGAGAGAGAGAGAGAGAGAGAGAGA